AUGAAGCUCACCAACCUCGAGAUCUUCGUGGCCGUCGUCUGCUCCUGGCUCUCGGGCUUCGUUUUCGCCCUUUGGCGCACCACCACCUACAUCACCGACCGCGAAGCCAGCCUCGUGAUCACGCUGUCCAUCGUGGUCAUCAUGGUCGUCUUCAACGUGCGCCUCAGGCAGACAGCGGUCCUCGACUACCUCGCCCGCAACGUCAUCCAAGUGCAGAACAUGACACUGCUCGACGUGCAAGCAAACCAUCGCAAGCACAUUGCCACCCUCAAGCUCACCCAUAACAACGCCGUCCGCGAGGCCAACGACGAGAUCCGUCGCCUCAACACCCGCUUCGACCGCCUCCACGCCGAGUACGACUACAUCACCAUCGCGUACCAGGACCAGAUGCGCGCCAACGACGAGCAGGGCGACCGCAUCGCCUACCUCGAGCACAGGCUGGCUGAGUUCGGGCAGGGCGCUGGGGGAGUCGUUGCUGCGCCGUUCUCCGCGCCCGCCUCCCAGACCGUGUUUGCCCCCCCGCCGGUCCGCGUCCGCGGUGCCGUGAGGUCUUCCUCGCCCCUCUCUCGCGCACCAAUGGUGCAGGACGCAGAGGAUGAGGAGUAG